AUGAAAGAUGAGGAUGGUUAUGAUGAAGAUGAUGAAGAGGAGGGGCUGCCGUUGCUACCCGCCAUCGCCGCGCGACGACGCGAGGCCCGGACCCACUUGCUCAAUCUCGCCAUCCUUAGCUCCGGCUUCUUCUGCAUCUUCUUCGCUUUUGGAACUACACAGCUGCUGGAGAGCAGCCUGAUUCCGGGGCGGCUGGGCUACUGGUGUCUGGCGUCGCUCUACGGGACCAUGUGCGUCUCGUCGCUCUUCCUGGCGUCGCCCGUGGCCAAGGCCCUGCGCGAGCGCAAGGCCCUCGUGCUCGGCGCCGCCGCCUACGUCGUCUUCGUCGCGGCCAACCUGUACCCAGAUUGGGUGACACUCAUCCCGGCAUCGGCAGUCCUGGGCAUGGGCGCUGGCAUCCUUUGGACCGCUGCCGGGUCGUACAUUACGGCUGCGGGGGCCAACUACGCAGAGGCCAAGGGCAAACCGCCCAAGUCGGAGAUGGGCCUCUUCAACGGCAUCUUUGCCGCAGCACGCACCUGGGCUAGCGUGAUGGGGAAUGUGGUGGCGAGCCUGAUCUUCAUCUUCGGCGACCGACUGGGCGGCGAGGCCAAGGCCACCAAGGUGCUCUUCUACCUCUUCACCGCCGUCGGUAUCGCCGGCGUGCUGGUCAUGCUCCUCCUCGGCGACGAAAAGACCUUUGCCGCCGCCGCUGUGGUCGUGGAAGAGAAGAAGAGCGAAGACGACACUGAUGACGAUGCGAAAGCGAAAGCGAAAACGAAGCGAAAGAGCGAAGACGAUCUAGGGGAGGAGAAGAAGGUGGUGUUCAACAUGGAGCUGGUGGGGAAGAAGGCCAGGGACUUGGUCGCGCUCCACCGGGACCCGCGGCUGUUCCUCCUCAUCCCGCUCUUCUUCUACAGCGGCUACGAGCAGGCCUUCGCCACCGGCGACUUUGCCAAAGAGGUGGUGAAGAAGCACCUGGACUUGUCGUCGAUCGGGUUCGUGUUCGCGUGGUACUGUCUCGUGAUGACCCUGUGCUCGGCCCUGCUCGGCCGCCUGUCGGACACUGUCGGCCGCCGGCUCUUCCUGGCGGUGGGCGUCGCGUGCCACGUGCCCUUCUACCUCUUCUUCGGCCUCCUGUGGCCGUCGGAAUGGGUGCCCGAGGAGGUCAUCAGCCAGCACCCGCUGAGCGUCUACGCCGCCAUCACCCUGCUCAGCGUCGGCGACAGCUGCUUCACCACGCUGCCGCCCAUCCUCAUGUCGGUCUUCUUCACCGACAACACCGAGCCGGCGUUCGCCAACCACAAGUUCUACCAGUCGCUGGGGUCGGUGUUCGGCUUCAUCUUGGGUCCGCUCAUCACGUUCCCCCUCAAGAUCCUGCUCCUCUCCACGGGCCUCUUCACCGCCACCGCGCUCAUGAUCCUCCUCGACCGCCGAUUUGCCUCAAUCGAUAAAGCAUGA